AUGACCGUCACGGAGUUAGCGAUACUGGUUUUGAACCCAGGUGCUACCCUCCCAUCACCAGAGCUCUCGCCACACUUCGCUCUUCUCGCAUCGCGCCAGUCUGAGUGGUCAGGUCACCCUCUGCGCUUCUACACUCAAGGCCAGAAGAUCAUCCUGUUGUCCGGUUGGAUGGAUGUGCCUGCGCACUACGCCUGGAUCGCAAGUGAGGGAAAUCAAGAGCUACUGAAACUGCUUACGCCACAUCUGAAUAUCGAGCUGAUGGUGCAUCUGGAUGUCCCUUUCGAACGAGUACCGGACUUCGAGGAGCUUGUGUUGGACGAGGUCAAUGAUACCAAUAUUGGGACUCAAGAUAUCAUCGGCAGUGACGUCGAGGGAAAAGACGCAAGGCGCUGGUCUAUAGCCGAUGCCGCUAGUGUGAAAGAGCAGGACGGCCCAAAGGUCGUCUGGAAGAAGGUACACACGUGA